CCCCCUCCCACCUCCCCGCAGAAAGGAACGCGAGAUAACGAAACCUCCUCCUCACGCGCGCACCAACCAAAUGCGCAGCCCGCCUCAGCCACCCCACUGACGCCGCCGCCGCCGCCGCCGCCGACAUGCCGGCCCCGUGGUGGCUGGCCACCACGGCCUGCACCCCGCCCCCGUCCGCGUCCCUCAGCGACCGCCUCGCCUUCCUCCUCCUCUCCCCGUGCCCGCAGCGGGCGCUGCUCGGCGGCCUCGACCUCCUCUUCGUCCUCGCCGCCCUCGCCCUCUCCCUCCGCGCCCGCCUCUCCCGCCGCCACGAGGACUCGCAGGAGCAGCCCCUGCUCGCCAAGCCCCGUCCCCGCGGGAGGGGGUUCUUCCGCUUCCGCCACAGGCUCGCCCUCGGGGCCUCCUCGGCGCUCGCCGCCGCCUCGCUCGUGCUGCUCGCGCUCUCGCUCCUGCUCCUCCCCGCCCGCGGCGGGGAGGACGCCACGUGGGCCGCCGUCCAGCGCGCCUUCCUCGCCGCGCACCUCCUCGCGCACCUCGCCGCCGCGGGCACCGUCGCGGCGGAGAAGGCCGGGGCCGCCUCCGCCCACCCGCGCCACCUCCGCGUCUUCUGGCUCGGCACCGCGCUGCUCGCCGCGCUCUUCUCCGGCUGCGCGGCCGCUCGCUUCCUCGCCGGUCAGCCCGUCCUCCCCGACGACCCCGUCGCGUUCGCCGGCCUCCUGCUCUCGCUUCCCCUGCUCUACUUCGCGGUCGACGGCUCCAGCGGCCUCGGGGACUCGUCGGCCGUUUCCGGCGAGGAAGAGCGGUCUGACCUUGCCGCCGAGGCGCCGACCUCGUACGCGACGGCCUCGUGGCUCUCGCUGGCGACCUUCAGCUGGAUCAACCCGCUCAUCACCAAGGGCUACAGCGCGGCUAUCGGCGCCCAAGAGGUCCCGCCGGUGGCGCCCUCCGAUACCGCCGAGGCCGCGUACGCUCUCUUCGUGUCCAACUGGCCGGCGCCGGGGUCCAAGCCCGGCCACCCGGUGGUCACCGCGCUGCUGCGGUCCUUCUGGCCCCAGUUCCUGCUCACCGCCGCGCUGGGCGUGGCGCACCUCUCGGUCAUGUACAUCGGCCCGUCGCUGGUCGACAGGUUCGUCCAGUUCGUUCGCGGCGGCGGAGAGAUGAAGGAGGGGCUGCGGCUGGUCGCCAUCCUCCUCGCCGGCAAGGCCGCCGAGACUCUCGCGUCGCACCACUACGAGUUCCAGGGGCAGAAGCUGGGGAUGCGCAUCCGUGCUGCUCUGCUCUCCGUGGUGUACCGCAAGUCGCUGCGGCUGUCCACGGGCGCGCGGCGAGCGCACGGCGCCGGCACCAUCGUCAACUACAUGGAGGUGGAUGCCGAGGAGGUGUCCACUGUCACGCACCAGCUCCACAACCUUUGGCUGAUGCCGCUGCAGAUCGCCGUCGCCCUCGCCCUGCUCUACACCCACCUCGGCCCAUCCGUGCUCACCGCGGUCGCCGCGAUCGCCGUGGUCACCGUGGCCGUGGCCCUCGCCAACCGCUGGAACAUGGAGUACCAGUUCAAGUUCCUCGGCAAGCGCGAUGAACGCAUGAAGGCCAUCACCGAGUUGCUCAACUACAUGCGCGUGAUCAAGCUGCAGGCAUGGGAGGAGACGUUUGGCUCCAAGAUUAUUGAGCUCAGGGAGGCCGAGCUUGGGUGGCUGGCCAAGUCCAUGUACUUCAUGUGCGCCAACACCAUCGUGCUCUGGAGCGGCCCGCUCGCCAUGACCGUUCUCGUGUUCGGCACCUGUGUGCUGACAGGUUUCAAGCUCGACGCUGGCAAGGUGUUCACUGCCACCGCCUUCUUUCGAAUGCUUGAUGGACCUAUGCAGAGCUUCCCGGAGGCGAUUGCCGCUGUGACGCAGGCGACCGUGUCGCUUGGAAGGCUUGACAGGUACCUGCUUGAUGCAGAGCUUGAUGACACUACGGUGGAGCAUGUCCUUGACGCUGAUACUGGCCCGGACCGAGUGGUCGUGGAGGUGCACGAUGGCAUGUUCGCGUGGGACGUGAGGGGCAAGAAGGAGAAUGAAAAGGAAGAAGAGGAAAAUGAUGACGGCGAAGGUGAGGAGGAUGAGAAAAUUGUGGAGGAGGCACCAGUGCUAGAGACAGUGCUCAAGGGGAUUAAUAUGAAGGUGAGGAAAGGCGAGCUUGCGGCGGUGGUUGGAAUUGUCGGGUCCGGCAAGUCGUCACUGCUCUCCUGCAUUAUGGGGGAGAUGGACAAGGUCUCAGGCAAAGUAAGGGUAUGUGGUAGCACUGCAUAUGUUGCACAGACAGCUUGGAUCCAAAAUGGGACCAUUCAAGAGAAUAUCUUAUUCGGACAGCCAAUGGAUGCUGAAAGAUAUAAAGAAGUUACACGAUCCUGCUGUCUGCAAAAGGAUUUGGAAAUGAUGGAAUUUGGUGACCAGACUGAAAUAGGAGAGAGAGGGAUCAAUCUCAGCGGCGGGCAGAAACAGCGCAUUCAGCUUGCCAGAGCAGUUUAUCAGAACUGCGAUGUAUAUCUCCUUGAUGAUGUCUUCAGUGCUGUUGAUGCGCACACUGGUUCGUAUAUCUUUAAGGAAUGUCUAAGGGGCACGCUCAAGGGAAAGACCAUCUUGCUUGUUACUCACCAAGUGGAUUUCUUGCAUAAUGUGGACAACAUAUUUGUCAUGAAAGAUGGUAUGAUUGCACAAUCAGGAAAGUUUGACGAGUUACUAGAAGCAGGCUCAGGGUUUUCAGCUCUUGUUGCUGCUCAUGAUAGUUCAAUGGAACUGGUGGAACAGAGUCGACAAGUAGAGAAGAUUGGACAUUCUCAUCCUGCAGUAGUCAGAAUCCCGUCGCUUCGUUCUAGAUCCAUUGGAAAGGGUGAGAAGGUGAUCGUUGCACCAGAAAUACAAGCAGCUACUUCUAAGAUUAUACAAGAAGAGGAAAGAGAGAGUGGCCAAGUAAGUUGGCGUGUGUACAAGUUAUACAUGACAGAGGCUUGGGGAUGGUGGGGAGUCGUGGGCAUAUUUGGAUUAGCAUUGGUGUGGCAAGCUUCUGAUAUGGCUAGUGACUAUUGGCUGUCAUACGAAACAUCAGGCGGUGUCCCAUUUAAUCCGUCACUGUUUAUCGGAGUGUAUGUUGCCAUAGCUGGUUUUUCGAUGGUACUUCAAGUAAUCAAGACUUUUCUUGAGACGGUCAUGGGACUUCACACAGCUCAGAUCUUUUUCAGGAAGAUGUUUGACAGCAUUUUGCAUGCCCCAAUGUCAUUUUUUGACACCACCCCUUCAGGAAGGAUUCUUAGUCGGGCAUCAUCUGACCAAACAACAAUCGAUGUUGUGCUGGCAUUUUUCGUUGGCCUGACAAUUUCAAUGUACAUUUCAGUAUUGAGCACCAUAAUUGUUACCUGUCAGGUUGCCUGGCCAUCAGUUAUAGCUGUAAUUCCGCUUCUGCUAUUGAACAUUUGGUACAGGAAUCGCUAUCUUGCAACUUCUCGGGAGCUAACUCGACUUGAAGGAGUAACCAAGGCACCGGUUAUUGAUCACUUUACUGAGACCGUUGUAGGUGCUACAACAAUACGAUGUUUUAAGAAGGAAAAUGAAUUUUUCCAGGAGAAUUUAGACAGAAUCAAUUCAAGUUUGCGCAUGUACUUCCACAAUUAUGCAGCAAAUGAGUGGCUUGGGUUCCGACUGGAGCUGAUUGGAACACUCGUAUUGUCAAUCACUGCUUUCCUGAUGAUCAGCUUGCCCAGCAAUUUUAUUAAGAAAGAAUUUGUUGGCAUGUCUCUUUCGUAUGGCCUUUCCCUCAAUUCUCUGGUGUACUUUGCAAUAUCGAUCAGCUGUAUGUUGGAAAAUGAUAUGGUUGCUGUGGAGAGGGUAAACCAGUUCAGUACUCUUCCUUCUGAGGCAGAAUGGAAAAAAGAGGACCAUCUGCCUUCUCCAAACUGGCCCACGAAUGGAGAUAUUGACAUCAGCGAUCUAAAGGUUAGGUAUCGACCAAAUACACCUCUAAUUCUGAAGGGCAUUAAUGUGAGCAUUAGAGGUGGUGAAAAGAUAGGAGUUGUAGGAAGGACAGGCAGUGGAAAAUCAACUUUGAUUCAAGCACUGUUCAGGCUUGUAGAACCUGCAGAGGGGAAGAUGAUCAUUGAUGGGGUAGACCUAUGUGCAUUGGGUCUGCAUGAUCUUAGGUCCCGUUUCGGCAUAAUUCCCCAGGAGCCAGUUCUCUUUGAAGGGACGAUUCGAAGUAACAUUGAUCCAGUUGGGCAGUAUUCAGAUGCUCAAAUAUGGCAGGCUCUGGAGCGUUGCCAACUCAAAGAUGUAGUGGCUUCAAAAGCUGAAAAGCUCGAUGCUCUAGUGGCUGAUAGCGGGGAGAACUGGAGCGUAGGCCAAAGACAGCUUCUGUGCCUUGGCCGGGUGAUCCUGAAGCAGAACCAAAUCUUAUUUAUGGACGAGGCAACUGCUUCAGUUGAUUCUCAAACCGACGCAACGAUUCAGAAGAUCACGCGAGAGCAGUUCUCAUCCUGUACAAUCAUCAGCAUUGCGCACAGGAUACCGACGGUCAUGGACUGUGAUCGAGUCUUGGUUCUGGACGCAGGUCUGGUGAAGGAAUUCGACGCACCGUCGAGGUUGCUCGAGCAACCGUCGUCCCUCUUCGGGGCGAUGGUCGAGGAGUACGCCGACCGCUCCUCCAACCUCUAGCAUCUUGCUCCCGGAUACGGCGGUAUAUGUAUGUUAUGAAGGAAUAAAUAGCAGUCGUUUUUGAUAGGUCGACUGCUCGAGUGUAUAUACCGCGUGAUACAUCAUCAAGAAAUAAAGGUGGAAGUUUGGAGAGUAUGCCCCCAGUGCUGUUGUUGUGGUGUCAUUUAGAAAGGCUGUUGUAUUUAAGUUGUGACAGUUUUGUUUCCACCAUCUAUAGAGAGAGAUCUCCUGUCAACGUGA